UUCGUCAUCACCAACACGGAAGUGUAAGUGUGUGUGAGUGUAAUAUGGUGAUCAGCAGCAGGCUGUCAGGUGACUCGGGUGAUUCAGACCCUUGAUUCGGAUAAGCAGUUAGCCGGAUGCUUUAGGCAGCAGCGGCGGGAGAGAUGCGGACUGCUAAGCGGAGGCAUGGCGAUCGUCGGUUCGUUGCUGAAGCUGCUGCAGCGGCAGACCUACACCUGUCUGUCCCACCGCUACGGGCUGUACCUGUGCUUCGGCGGGCUCGUGCUCAUGAUCGUGUCCGCCUUCCAGUUCGGAGAGGUGGUGCUGGAGUGGAGUCGGGAUCAGUACCAUGUCCUGUUUGACUCCUACAGAGACAACGUGGCUGGGAAAUCCUUCCAGACCAGGCUGUGUUUGCCCAUGCCUAUUGACGUGGUGUACACAUGGGUUAAUGGGACUGAUGCUGAUCUGCUGAAGGACCUCCACACAGUGAAACUACAGCUGGAAGAGGAGCAGAGAAAGCUAAGAGAGAAGCUGGGGCAGAAUGCGAGUGACACGACUGAGGUGCCCCGAGGCAGGCCUGAGUGCCUGCUGUCGCACUGCAUUGUGGGUCCGGCUCUAGUGUUGGACCCGGCGUUGUCCUCUAACAUCUCCGUGAAGGAGCUGUCGUCUAAAUCAGGUGCUCUGUCCUCCACCAAGCAGCUCCUGCAGGUCGCCAAACCUCUCCAGCCAUCCAGCAGUGUGUCUGUGCUUCUCUUCCACUCCCAGAGUGAAGCGGAUAAAGCUCACUCAGACGCCCCGAAGGACUUUCCGAAGCACUCCGUCUCCAGAGCCUAUCUGACGACAGAUAAAGAGGCUCCAGGUCUGGUGAGGAUUCAGACGCUGGCCUAUCUGAGUGGCUUCCCGUCCUCGUACAAAGACACCGAGCAGCUGAGGGUCAAACUGCCGUCCGUGGUGACGGGCAAAAUCAAACAGAUUCAGCUAUACUCCGAGGCCAGCAUCGCUCUCCUGCACCUGAACACAGCUCAGGACUUCACAGACCUGCAACAACAGGCCAAGAAGAACCUGACUGUGGACGGCAAAGAGCUCACCGUCAGUCCCGCCUACCUGUUCUGGGACCUCAGUGCUGUCUCACAGUCGAAGCAGGAUGAGGACGUGUCAGCCAGCCGCUUUGAGGACAAUGAGGAGCUGCGCUAUUCGCUGCGCUCGGUGGAGAGACACGCCCCUUGGGUUCGACACAUCUUUAUUGUGACCAAUGGGCAGAUCCCCUCCUGGCUAAACCUGGACAACCCCCGCGUUACUGUGGUUACCCAUGAGGAGAUCUUCCAAAACCAGUCCCAUCUGCCAACGUUUAGCUCUCCAGCCAUUGAAACACACAUCCAUCGAAUUCCAGGCCUCUCACAGAAGUUUAUCUACCUCAAUGAUGAUGUGCUUUUUGGCAAGGAUGUGUGGCCGGAUGAUUUCUACAGUCAUUCAAAGGGCCAGAAGGUAUACCUGACCUGGCCUGUUCCUAACUGUGCUGAGGGCUGCCCCGGCUCCUGGAUCAAAGACGGCUAUUGCGACAAGGCCUGCAAUAAUUCUGCCUGUGACUGGGAUGGUGGAGAUUGUCUGGGUGGAGCAGGCAGCAGUCGUUUUGGAGGCGGGGGCCCCGGGGGAGCGGUGGGAGGAGCUGGACAGCCAUGGCAGUUUGGUGGUGGGUUAGGAGGCCUGGGGGGUGUGUCCUUCUGCAACCAAGGCUGUGCCAACUCUUGGCUGGCCGAUAAGUUCUGUGACCAGGCGUGCAACGUGCUGGCCUGCGGCUUUGACGUGGGAGACUGCGGACCAGACCACUUCAGUAAGCUGCAUCGCGUUGUUCUGCAGAGGAACCAGACGCUGUACACACUGCCUCAAGGUGAGCUGCGUCCAUAUUUCAGCUUCUCGUCUCUGGCCAGUCGCAUUUCAGAAGCACAGGUCAGCGACAACCCUGUGGUACGCCACACAUCCGUCGCCAACAAGUGGAAAACAGUGCACCUGCUCCUGCUGGAGGGCUACAACGCCACCCAAAUCCACUACAACCUCACCUUCCAGGGCGAUCAUGAAUUCACCAUGAGCUUUACAGUAGCAGUGGACACUCGCAAGCUUCCUAAACUUAACACAUCAGAAACAGUGCCUGAGGAGAAAAAUAACAACCCCAAGCCCACCAGCGCAAACCUCGAACCAGAGUUUGUGUUCUCGGACGUCCCCAUCGAGAAGCAGGGGCCCCAAGUGCAAAAACAACCCCCUGGAGGGCCAGAGGUGGUCAUAGAGGUGCCUGCGCUGAACACGUCUCUUUUGCCCGAGGAAGUGAAGCACGAGGUGCAGAAGCUGCAUGAGAAGUUGCUGCUAGGGGACAUCACUGAGAAAGGCUACAAUUUGACCAAAGCCAAAUUACUGAAAGCUUUUCAGAGAGACGAGGCUUCUGAGCUUCAGGGAAACAAUAGAGCAUUUAAAGAACAGGAAGCAGCAGUGAAAUCUGAUGCCAAUCCAAGUCAGAAGAACAAACAUAAACAAGAAGCCAGAGAUUCUCUCGUCCCAGUUAAGAUUGACAGUGCGCCUCUCAAAGAGCAGUCUCGAGCCACGGGCACGGAGAAAAUUCCUACCUCCAGACUGCUCAGUUCACUCGUAGGGAACAAGGCCAAGCAGCAGCUUCACCACGGAGAUGGGGAAGACGAUAUCGCACAACAUGUGGGUCGUAAGCUCCAACACUACCCAGGGAUCGAAUGGAGCUUCCUGCCAUGGGAAAAGAGCAAAUAUUUUGAGGACCUUCUCAAGGAAGGGGAGCGGCUGGAGCGAGAGCUGCAGUAUAGAGCCGACAGCACUGCAACCGGACGGAGAUUGCAGGACACCUUUGCCGAUUCUCUUCGCCACGUUAACAAGCUUCUGAAUGGCAGAUUUGGCUUCACGUCUCGCAAAGUGCCUGCACACAUGCCACACAUGAUCGACCGCCUCGUAAUGCAGGAGCUGCAGGACACCUUCCCUGAAGAGUUCGAUAAAACCUCCGCCCAUCGUGUGCGCCACUCCCAGGACAUGCAGUUUGCCUUCUCUUAUUUCUAUUUUCUGAUGAGUGCUCUGCAGCAGCUCAACGUGUCGCAGGUGUUCGACGAGAUCGACACGGAUCACUCGGGGGUGCUGUCUGACAGAGAAAUCCGCACGCUUGCCACUCGCAUCCACGAGCUCCCGCUCAGCCUGCAGGAUCUUACUGGGUUGGAGCAGAUGCUGAUAAACUGCUCAAAGACUCUGCCGACGAAUCAGACCCAGCUCCACACGGUUAACCCCACCCAGGAGGCCUACUACGACCCCAGCAUGCCUCCGGUUACUAAGGGUCUGGUGAUUCACUGCAAGCCCAUCGCAGAGAAGAUUCAGAAAGCCUUCAAGGACCAGAACAAAUACAAGUUCGAGAUCAUGGGCGAGGAGGAGAUUGCGUUUAAAAUGGUACGAACCAAUGUGUCGCAUGUGGUAGGCCAACUGGAUGACAUCAGAAAAACCCCAAGGAAGUUCAUCUGCUUGAAUGACAACAUCGACCACAGCCAUAAGGACGCCAGCACAGUGAAAGCCGUGCUGAGGGACUUCUAUGAGUCCAUGUUCCCGCUGCCUUCACAGUUUGAGUUGCCACGCGAGUACCGCAAUCGCUUCCUCCACAUGGCAGAGCUGCAGGAGUGGCGAAUAUAUCGGAACAAGUUGAAGUUCUGGACUCACUGCGUACUGGUCACGCUGGUUGUUUUCACAGUCCUCUCCUUCUUUGCAGAACAGCUGAUCGUGCUGAAGCGGUGGCUCUUCCCCAGACGCAGGGUCAGCAAGGAGACCGAGCGUGUGUGACGCUGAGAGAGCACGGCCGCAGAGGCUGACACACUCCUUGUUCUCUUUGCUUUCUGUGAGAGAGUGAAGUCCUGUAGGGUUGUGGACUAAGACCUUGCAGGCUCCCUCUUUUCUUUCCCCACUGGAGGAAGAACGGAAGAAGAAAUCUCUUGCCAAAGUUUAUGAUGAGAAACUGAAUGAUGGAGUAGGACAAUUGCAUGCUUCCUCCGUGUGAAGGUGAGCGUGACACACGGCGUGUGUGUGUGUGUGUGUGUGUGUGUGAGGAGAUGACCUCAAACACUCCAUUUUGUGCGAUUACUGUCCUGAACUCAGUGGAAGACUGUGGACAUCUUUAAUGUUACACUGCAUUUGUUUGUUUGUUUGUUUGUUUGUUUGGAUCAUAAUCAGUUGGUCUAACGGGAAUUUAAUUUGUAAUUGGGCUUCAGGUGAUUUUGUCUUUUUCCUGAAGCCUUCACGUCUCUUCAUCCUGCAUACCAGUGCCUUUAAUCUUCCCUUCUUCUCCUGUCAGUGAGAAGCGAAAUGUGAGGGAUCAUCGCUCUUCGUUGUGGCAUCGUCACUCUUUCUCUCUUUUAUUUUUUAAUUGCAUUCUUUCUGAUAUGUGUUAAUGAGGACUCGGGUUAAUUACAGCAUUUCUCUUUGACCCUCAGUGCUUUCAGAGUUCUGGGCUACAUUCACACGGCCGUCUAAUCUUUAUCUUGAUGUCCAAACACGUCUACUGUUUUUCCAGUCUGGUUUUUACUGCCUGGUGUCUGUUGCCUUCUCUGAUGUCCUGACUCUGUGCUUCUUUGAUCAUGCUCCAAGAUCACACGCUAAUUAUAUAAUCACAUAGAGAAUCUGUAGGAAAUUACUUAAAGCUCAUUGAACGUGCACAGAUGUACUUAACUCGAACAGUCCUCUUAUCAGCCAUGCAAACGUCAAUACUUGUUUUUUUAUUAUUAUUUUUAGAAAAGUUGAAACGAGUUAAAAACUAAAGAAUAGUUUAAAAUGCUUGGCAGGUGAAGUGAGGAUUUUUUUGUCAAUUUGUUUAAUUUAAAUGUGAUUUUGACUGAUUUUUUAAAUUAAAUUUCCUUUUGUUCAGUAAUAAAAUGCAAUGUAUUUAAAACUAUGUGCAACAAGUACAGAAGAUCUUCAUCCAUCAUCAACACUUCUUCAAUUCCUGCAUGGAAUGUAUAUUCAAAUUAGCAAAGGGAUGUUUUUGGAAAAAGUUCAGGUCAUAAGCUUGACUUUCUCUCUCUCUCUCUCUCUCUCUCUCUCUCUAUAUAUAUAUAUAAAUUUUUUUUUUUUUUUUUUUUUUUUUAUUAAAAUUUUGUUUGGUAUUUUCAGGACAGUGUUAAACAUUUCAGCCCAAGUGUUAAUUUCCUGUGUGUUGAGAUACUUCUAAGCUGUGAGCCAUGUUUGCUUUCGUUCCAUCUCACUGAUCAUUGUGUCCUUUUUCCUCUGAGCUUCUGAAGAACUACUAAAAAAUCGAAAGUGUUCAAAAGUGUAUGUAAGUAUAGAAUGUAUAGAAGCAGCAAGUUGUUCAUCAAAUGUAAAAUGAAGAUUGCAAAGAUGCCAA